UUUCUUUUGACAGCAAGACCCAGCAGAAAAACAGUCCAACAUCUUUUUUCCUCCUCUUUUUUGGCGUCUUUUUGCUGACUUCUUUAUUUGCUGACAAAACGCCUUAAGACUUUCGUGUGGAGGAUGGUAGCCGAGUACCAGCGCCCUCUGGUGGCGGUGAGCUGUAUACUGCUGUGGCAUUCAGCAGGUGUUCUGUCCAUGCCAGACCCUAAGACCAGAGAGGCUCUCAUUCAGCAGGAGGCCUCCCAGCAGACCGGGGGACAAGUGGUGCUGACGGACCUGGAGAAACUUCUAGACGCCCGGUUGUCUAAAAUGAAACAAGAGGAAAUGAGGAAUGUACAUUUCCCUCCGUCGAUGCACUUCUUCCAGGCUCGACAGUUCAUCCGAAGCAGCCCCAUUUUCAACCUGCUGCAGAAAAUGCCCAAAGGAGGAGCGCUGCACGUGCACGACCUCGCUAUGGGGGAUCAUGAAUGGCUGGUGAAAAACGUGACGUAUCGACCCAACUGUUACAUGUGUGUCACUGACAAACGCUCGGUCAGUUUUAUCUUCUCGUCGGGGAGGCCUGAACCUUUACGAGGUUGUUCCGCAUGGAUGCUGCUGGAAAAUCUCAGGAAAAAAAUGGGGGACGUCACAGAUCUGGACAACAGCAUCCUGGCCAACCUGACCCUCUUCACCGAUGGCAAUCCCGCAGCUUUGUAUCCCAACCAGGAUGUGGUCUGGGAGAAGUUUGAGCUAGCCUUCAAUGCUGUGACAGGUCUGAUCACGUACGCUCCCGUCUUCAGAGACUAUUACUACAACGGUCUCAAACAGUUCUACGUGGACAACGUCAUGUACGUGGAACUACGUGCUUUACUGCCUCAGACAUACGAGCUGGACGGCAGCACUCACGACUCGACGUGGGCUCUGAAAGCCUACCGUGAUGUCACUCAGGACUUCAUAGCCGACCACCCAGACUUCUUUGGAAGCAGAUUCAUCUUUAUCGUUUCAAGGAACAUGGAUGAAUCUGCAAUGAGGGGAGUUAUGGAGUAUGCCAUGAAGCUGCAGAGAGACUUCCCAGAUUUAAUGGUUGGCUUUGACUUGGUAGGUCGUGAGGAUAAAGGAAAUCCACUUUGGUAUUUCCGAGAGGCCUUAUCAUUGCCAGCAGAAAGGGGCGUGACACUUCCCUUCUUUUUCCACGCUGGAGAGACAAAUCUGGAGGGAACAGACGUUGACCAGAACCUGCUGGAUGCUCUUUUGUUUAAUACAUCACGAAUCGGCCAUGGGUUUGCUCUGACUCGCCAUCCAUUGGCCCGAGAUCUCUCUAUGAAGAGAGGCGUGGCUGUGGAAGUAUGUCCCAUUUCCAACCAGGUUUUGAAGCUGGUAGAAGACCUGCGAAACCACCCAGCUGCGAUUCUGAUGGCCCAGAAUCACCCAGUGGUCAUAAGUUCUGACGAUCCGGCCAUGUUUGGUUCGUCCGGCCUCUCCUACGACUUUUACGAGGCUUUUGUGGGCUUCGGUGGGCAAAUGUCCAAUGUGGGGACCCUCAAACAACUAGCCAUCAACUCCAUUCUGUACAGCUCGUUGAGCCCAGAGCUGAAGAACAAAGCUCUGGACAUGUGGCAGCGAAAAUGGGACAAAUUUGUUUCUGAGAAUGCUUUAUCGAAACGCUGCGGUUAUGACAAUUUUUUUGCACUUUUGCCACAAUGCUUCCUCUAAAGACUCUAAUAGUGUUGCUGUGCCAUGAGCAGGUAGGGAAGUUGUAUGUUUGGUGCUACAGUAUCCUGGAAAUCAUUGACACGGUUCACUGGUGGAUGAAAGCUCUGUGACCUUACCAACUUUAAAUGCUGCAUACUUUCUUUUUUGCUAGAGUCUUAAAGGGGAACAUUAUCACAAUUUCAGAAGGGUUAAAACCAUUAAAAAUCAGUUCCCAGUGGCUUAUUUUAUUUUUCGAAGUUUUUUUCAAAAUUUUACCCAUCACGCAAUAUCCCUAAAAAAAGCUUCAAAGUGCCUGAUUUUAACCAUCGUUAUAUACACCCGUCCAUUUUCCUGUGACGUCACAUAGUGAUGCCAACACAAACAAACAUGGCGCAUAGAACAGCAAGCUAUAGCGACAUUAGCUCGGAUUCAGACUCGGAUUUCAGCGGCUUAAGCGAUUCAACAGAUUACGCAUGUAUUGAAACGGAUGGUUGUAGUGUGGAGGCAGGUAGCGAAAACGAAAUUGAAGAAGAAACUGAAGCUAUUGAGCCAUAUCGGUUUGAACCGUAUGCAAGCAAAACCGACGAAAACGACACGACAGCCAGCGACACGGGAGAAAGCGAGGACGAAUUCGGCGAUCGCCUUCUAACUAACGAUUGGUAUGUGUUUGUUUGGCAUUAAAGGAAAUUAACAACUAUGAACUAGGUUUACAGCAUAUGAAAUACAUUUGGCAACAACAUGCACUUUGAGAGUGCAGACAGCCCAAUUUUCAUCAAUUAAUAUAUUCUGUAGACAUACCCUCAUCCGCUAUCUUUCCCUGAAAGCUGAUCUGUCCAGUUUUGGAGUUGAUGUCAGAAGGCCAGGGAAGCUAGGGUCGAUAUUCUUCUCUUGAUCAUCUUCGGUGGCAUAAGGGACGGUGUGAGCCAAGACAUCCAGGGGGUUUAGCUCACUCGUCUGCGGGAACAAACUGCCGCCAUUGCUUGCCGUGCUACCGAGGUCCUUUGUCCUUGAAUUGUUCACACACUCCGGCAGAUUCAAUGGGGGUCUGGCGGCAGAUUUCUUUGACUUUAUCGUUGGAAAUGCAUCUGCUUUGAGUGUCGCAGGAUAUCCACACAUUCUUGCCAUCUCUGUCGUAGCAUAGCUUUCGUCGGUAAAGUGUGCGGAACAAACGUCCAAUUUCUUGCCACUUUCGCAUCGUUGGGCCACUGGUGCAACUUGAAUCCGUCCCUGUUCGUGUUGUUACACCCUCCGACAACACACCGACGAGGCAUGAUGUCUCCAAGGUACGGAAAACAGUCGAAAAAACGGAAAAUAACAGAGCUGAUUUGACUCGGUGUUUGUAAUGUGUUUGAGAAAAUGGCAGAUUGCUUCCCGAUGUGACGUCACAAUCGCUCCGAGAGCGAAUAAUAGAAAGGCGUUUAAUUCGCCAAAAUUCACCCAUUUAGAGUUCGGAAAUCGGUUAAAAAAAUAUAUGGUCUUUUUUCUGCAACAUCAAGGUAUAUAUUGACGCUUACAUAGGUCUGGUGAUAAUGUUCCCCUUUAAACAUCAGAUUAGUGACGUUACCAACAUUUUUUUGGGGGAGCUCAUCUUCUCCGUGUUACAUCUGAGUGUACACCAUCGCUGUUUUUGUAUGUUUAUGUUCUCUGGGGAAACUCCGUUAUCACUUCACAAAUAUAAUUUAAUAGUUUCAACUUGUUCUUUCACUAAUGUUUACACCCUCCAAUAUUCCGAGAUGUUGCGAUUGCGCCAAUCAACCAAUACCUAUGUAUUUUGGGGCCUGUUCUCUCGUUUACAUUAAGGUGUAUUUUUAAAGCGCUUGAAGUUACACGCAUUUCUCUUAUUCGUCCUCCUCGUCCAGCCUGCGGACACGCCCACACUUAGUCAGGAAUGAAGGUGGCUCAUUAUUAAUAGCAUGCCAUUUUUUUUAUUGGCUGUCAGAAAAUCAUCAAACAGGGAGUUUUACUGACACUUGAAAUCCAUGAAAAAGAUAACACUUUAAAUUUGAAAAGGUCGAUUUAACCGUAUCUGUGUCGCCAUGGUGAUGUGCUUUAUAUAUGCAGGCGACAACAGCGUCUUCUUUCUGGCUAGAUAUACUGUAACUCCGUAGAUUAAACGGAUGUUAAGAGUUCUGUUCAGCACAAAUGUUUGUGAAGCUGUGACGCACCAAAGGGUGUAUUUGUGUGUGUGCAUGCAAAUUACAGCAUGACAGCUGACAGUUUGGCAUUAAUUGUCAAAAAACACCCGAAUUAGUUGAUUAAAAUUGGUAAAAUAUUUCUGUUAUUAUGCUUGCGACAUUCUUGUUGAUCAUAUGUGAUCAGUAAAGCGAUUGUUGAGCUGCUCCUCUGCCUUUUUAUAGAGUUUGAUAGAUACUAAUUAUAUUAAAUAGUCACAUAGUUCAAUGAUCACGGUCCAGCUGAAAUAGUUGUAUGUAUUCAACAUAUGCGUUUAAUGCCGUGGUCGCGCCUAUCUCUCUCCACUUUUAUCCUCAUCUCACUAAAUACCUCAAUUGAAGCAAUCAGAAUAUAUUUGAUAGUUUUCUGGAAGUUUAUUUUAUUAUUUUAUAAUGUGUGAUGUACAGUACAUACAUUGCAGCCUCAGAAGCACGUAAGGAAAAUAAGUAUUUAAGUCAAUGGGAGAUUGGGAAGGCCUGAUUUGACAGGAGACUCAAGUUUAGUUUAGUUUAGUUUAUUCACAAUACCAUAUAACAAUUACAAUAGUAGUGAAUAUCAUCAUUUAAAGAUGUUGGUACGUGAAAGGGUCCCCCAAAUAAGCUAGAAGAAGCUUUUGACAGGGGGUCCAGAGGACAGUAUAUACAUGGAAUGAUGAAACAUGGUAGCAAGUACAACAACAAAAAACAAAAUAAAACAACGCUAUAUGAUUAACACAAGAUAAUAGUACUAAAGCAAGCAUACACAUACAUACAUACAUACAUUCAUUCAACCAUGCAAAACCCAACAGUAGUCUACCCCACAUGAGGCAUUAAAUAUAGGUGGUUAAUAGGUAAGUUUUCAGUUUCUUUUUGAAGUUGGAGAAUGGAUACAGCAUCUUGAGGCUCUCAUUAAGCCAGUUCCAAAUCUUUGGUCCCCUGCAUACAACACUUCGAGCGGUACAAUCCAGUAAACGAUAUUUACCUGAUAUCAGAUCUAAGUUACGAGUGUUGUGGGCAUGCUGGGGAUGGUAGAUAGGAACCAAGCUACAGAGCCUAAGAUUCAGCCUGUAAAUGACUUGAUAGGUUAAACAAGCAUUUUGAUAAAUAUUGAACUCUUGUCAGUCUUAAGAGAUGAUAAUUAUGGAAUAGAUGUCGAGUGGGGGCAUUAAACUUGGACCAUGACAGGGCCCGUAUGAUUUUCUUUUGCAUGGAUUCUAAUUUGUGAAGGUAGGUAGGGAAGGUGUUACACCAGAUGACAUUACAGUACCGGUAGUUUAGAUGUGGUUCAAAGAGAGUUUUAUAUAGAGUAAGUAGAGCAUAAAGAGGAAGAUAAUGACAAAGGUGAAAGAACAGGCCAACAUAUUUGGAUAAUUUGUUUAACAGAUGGCUAAUGUGACAUUUGAAAUUGAGGUAUUCGUCAAUGAUGACCCCCAGGAAUUUUGUGGAGUACACUCUCUGUAUUUCCUGCCCAUUGAUGUUGAUAUGGCAGUGCUCAGUAUUUGUCCGGUUUUUAUUAGAACGAAAUAGAAUAAAAUGUGUUUUAUUUAUAUUAAGUGAGAGCUUAUUGCAUUUGAACCAGGAAUCCACUUUCACAAGCUCUGAAUUGACAGUUACUUGUAGAUCGUGUAGGCUCCUGUGUGAGGUAAACAAAUUUGUAUCGUCAGCAAAAAUUAUUUUAUGAAAAGUUUCGGAGGAGUUUACAAAAUCAUUUAUGUAUAGGAUAAAAAGGAGAGGCCCCAAGAUGGAUCGCUGGGGAACCCCAUAAUUUAUGGUCAUACAGGGUGAAUUGUGAUCAUUGACGCAUACACAUUGCUGCCUUCCGCUGACUCCUACAUUUAAGGGUUGUUCCACCCAAAGUGCAUAUCUUGGAUGAAAGCGCGCAGUGACAGACUUAAGUUUAGGGGGAGAAUGCGACACAGCCAGAAUCCACAUAAUUUGUGCACUUUUUUUUCGGGAAAGUAGGGCCAUUUUUUCUAAUCCCCUUCCAUUUCCCUGCACGUUUUGGCCAAUCAUCGUCAUUUUUGGCAACCACGAAUCCUUAAAUAGCGCUCAAAACUGUUCAACCAAUCACAUGUGACCCAUCAUCCACUGUUUGUGUGUAGACAAAUCAGGAACAGCUGAUCCUCCCCUGCAGUACUGGAGGGGACCAGUAACACCUGACACAUUAUGACUUUUCAUUCAAACAAAUCAGACGUAUUUAAGUUUGUUCCGCGCUCUGUUGAAUGCUGGUGUAGUUGUGCCUUACAAUGAGGGGAUUUAUUGCCACUGUGUUUUUAUGUGGGCGGACGUUUUUGAUUGUCAUUGUUGUCUAAGGUUUUUGUGGAAUAUUUUGUGUGUACUUUGUGUGUGUACUUUGCUUGUAUUUUUUUUUUAUAUGUGAAAGCUUUGUAUUAUGUGGUUCAGGAAACUUCUUGUCUUUUUUAAAAUUUAAAUUUUUUAGUAAUUCUGUCACAUUGAUUGUGAUAUGUGUUAAUAAAUCCUAUUUGUGUUUGUAUGAAAAUAAUUUGUGUAGUUUGUCCAAAGUAAUGUCAACAUGACUGGUAGUUUGUUUGAAAACUUGUAUUUUAUUGUGGAACACAUCUGAGUGACGUGCACCCCACUUAUUGACUUGCGAAUUAGCGGCUGCUGGUGUUGAAUUUGGAGAAGAAGCUUUCAUCGAUGUGUCCUCUCUUGAUGCCCACUUCCCUAAACACCAAGUAGAAAGGAUAAGAUAACACCCACACUGUGUGUGUGUGCAUGUAUGCAAGUGUGUGUUACCUG